CCCAAGAUGGCGGCGGGGCGGGCGGUGGCCGCGGCGCUGUGGGCGCUGGGCUGGCUGCAGGCGGCCUCGGGGGCCGGGAGCCCGCCGAGCCCCCCGCGGCUGCAGCCCUACCCCCCGCAGCGGCACGGGCCCCGCCACCCGCACCCGCACGUCCGCGCCUGCCAGCCCCUCCGCUUCGGCAACCUCACCCACGAGGCCUGGCCCGGCGACAGCAGGACCAGCGGCCCCGUGGCCACCACCAGGACCUUCGUCUCUUACCUGCCCCCCGAGGGCGCGGCCCGCAGGGCGGUUCACGGGCACUUCACCUUCGUCAGGAACCCCCUGAGGAGCCUGUCGGUGCUGGAGCCCGGCGGGCCCGGGGGCUGCCAGGCCCGGCGCAGGGUCGCGGUGCCGGAGACCGCCCGGCCCCGGGGCUGCCUGGUGGCCCAGAACGGGGGUUACUUCGACAUGGAGACCGGAGAGUGCCUGGGGAACGUGGUGAGCGACGGGAGGCUGGUGAGGAACUCCGGAGGGGUGCAGAACGCCCAGUUCGGCAUCCGGCGGGACGGCACGCUGGUGUUCGGUUACCUGUCUGAGGAAGAUGUCCUAGAUCAAGCAAACCCUUUUGUGCAGCUGGUGAGCGGGGUGGUUUGGCUCCUCAGAGAUGGAGAAGUGUACGUCAGUCAGAGCCAAGUGGCCGAGUGUGGUGACAUUCAAACCACAGGAACCUUUCAGAAGUUCAUCAAUGUGAUCUCGGCCAGGACAGCAGUUGGACACGACAGCCAAGGGCAGCUGGUCCUGGUUCAUGUGGAUGGACAGACAGAGACCAGAGGGGUCAACCUCUGGGAAAUGGCUGAAUUUCUGAAGCAGCAGGGAGUCAUCAAUGCCAUCAACCUGGAUGGUGGAGGGUCUGCCACGCUGGUCUUGAACGGGACCCUGGCCAAUUACCCCUCUGAGCACUGCCCCUUCGACAACAUGUGGCGCUGCCCUCGGAACGUCUCCACCGUGGUGUGUGUCCACGAGCCCCCCUGCCAGCCUGCUGACUGCAGUGGGCACGGGCACUGCCUGGGGGGGCACUGCCACUGCACGGGGGGCUUCUGGAGAGGCCCAGCCUGUGACAUCUUGGACUGUGGCCCCUCCAACUGCAGCCUGCAUGGCACCUGCAGCCCCGCUGGAUGCCUGUGUGACCCCGGCUGGAUGGGCAGCAACUGCACGGAAGCUUGUCCUCAUGGUUUCUAUGGGGACACUUGCACCCAGAAGUGCCAGUGCCAGCAUGGUGGCUCCUGUGACCCUGUACAUGGCACCUGCUCCUGCCCAGCUGGGUACUAUGGCACCAGCUGUGAGCAAGAGUGUCCCAUGGGCUGGUACGGGCCGGGCUGCCAGCAGCAGUGUGGCUGUGAGCACACGUGUCCCUGUGACCGGGUGACAGGCAGCUGCAACAUCACCUUCGAGGGGGCACUGCAGGACCAGCUGAACAAAGCUGGACGGUGUUUGGCUUCCCAGAAUAAGGAAAGGAGCAAAGAAAAGUUCUCUCUGUCAGAAAGAACCUGGAUCUCCAUGACCUCUGUCUUGGCUCUGCUUCUGGUGGUCAGUGCCAUGGGCAACGUGGGCCUUUUCCUCAAGGCCAGGUCAGAGAGGCAGCGGGACAGUGGGAACUAUCUCUACCAGGAGAUACCCCUGCAGGAGCUGAACGGGGAAGCCACCUCCACCUCUGCUGCCUGUGAGACAGAAGAUGCUCAGGACCAAAGCCAGGCCCUCCUUCAGAGCCCCAGCUAAAGGGACAGGAGGUAUUUCACCUUGCACCUGGUGCACUGGCUGCUCUACAGAGGCCUGCUCAGACCUAGGAUGUAGAACUGCUGACUGACCCAAGGGCAGCAGCAAGAUUCCUCAGCCAAGGAACUCCCUUGCUCCUGGCCCAGCCCUGCUGGGAACACAGGCAGCUUCCCUGCCUGCCUCUGCUGCUCCAGCUGGAGCAAACAAGACUCUGCCAUGAGUUGCCAUCAAAAGAUGCAGGGCACAAGCCCUGGGGCCAGUUCCACACACCCGGGUGGAUUAAGGGAAUUGUAUCCAGUGCUGCAGGAGGAAGGGAAACGGGCUGGUUCCCUCCAGUACUUGAGGGAACAGGUGAGGAAGGUCAACUCUAGGUCCUUCUCACCUCAGCAAGAUAAAUUGCCUGUAGCACAAAGCUAGGCCUGAGGAAGCUGCCUGAAGGACGUUCUGGUCUUUAACUGUCUGCCCUGCCCUGGAAAGCUCAGACUGGUCAGAAAACUGAACAAAGCUGUUCUAAGAUGCUGCAGCAGGUGCAGGACACAGGGAACCCCCAGCAUCCCCCCUGCUGGCCACAGGGCUGGGGGCUCUGGCACCUUCCUCCCCCUGCUGACUGCAGGGCUGGAGUGUUUCCUUACCAAAUCCUCACUCCCAGGAGCUUAAGAGGUGCAUGAUGAGCUCUGCAUUUUUGGUAGGUUCUUACAGACAGCAACAUAAACGGCAUUUUCAGUUCCAAACCAGCAUUCUUGUGUCCUCUUGUACCUCCCAGGCUGCCACCGGGCUCCUGCAGCCUGGAGCUCCUCCCCAUGGGGCAGGGAAGAGCAGCAGCCUGGCAGGACAGGGUUGGGGGGGGCUGGGGAUAUGGACAUGGGGUGCCCCAUGGGGACAGCCCCAGCCUGGGGGGGGCUCCCUGAGGGGGCACAGCCCCUUCCCUGCUGCUCCCACCACCCUGCUCCACAGAGGAACCACUGCCAGCUGAAGGCCAGGGAAGAAGACUCCAAGCCAUCCAAGCUCCUGAACAUCUCAGCUGGAAAUCAGACAUGUUACUAAAACAGCCCCUUGCACAGUGCAUUUUGAGUUUGCUUCUGCCCGAGGGAAAACUGGCCCUUCAUGCUGCAAGGGUGGGUACAGCCUGGCUGAGCCUGGGUGGUGACAUUUUGUGAGUUUUUAUCUCCAAGGAAAGGAAAUGUAAUUUUUGUGCCACUGUUGGUGUCAGAUCAAGAGUGAAAGAUUCUAUUUUUCUAUUCUUUACAGAAGACUCUCUGAAGCUUGAAUAAAGUCUGUUAGUAACAA